GAAACGGGGUUUAAGGAGGGCCAGGACCGGUGGGGGCGCCAACGGUUACAAAGAAGAUAAGAACACAAAAACGAAAAAAGAAUUCCUUAAUGGCAAUGACAAGGAGGCGAAGAGGGUGGUGUAUUAUGCCACACAGUCACAUGGAAGAACGGGUAGACAGAGAAAGUAGAGGAUUCAUGCUUGAAAUCUAUUGUGCGUUGGCGGAUGGAUUGUAGCAAUUUAAAUUCCGGAAUUUCCGAACCCAAAUCCAAAGCGUUUACUCGUGAAUUGCUUUGACUCUCAAAUGGAAUUAAACAAAAUUGCUUUGACCCAUUAAGGCUUCAAUACAUUGGAUUUGUUUUCCAUAUAUUCUCUGAUUUCUCGACAACAAUCCAGUCCUACAUACACAUGAUCCAUAUACAAAGGAGGAGUUUUCGAGAAGGUGGUGAACUCCAGAGCUGAGUUUUCAACAAGGCAGUUACCGAUAUUUCAAGUAACGGAAAGCAGAGUCAAUCUAGAGGCCUAGAAGGCUAGAAGCGAAGAUCACAAUCACAAACUUCCGAAAAUCUUUAAGGUCAGACUCACUGCAAUUUGGAAUACAGUAAUACCAAGUGGAGAUGUUGUUUCCUGAAGAAAUUUACAAUUUGAUUGAUGAUGGAUUUGAGGGGUCAUUCGAUGAACAUCAAAUUUUUACUGAGUUGUUCUUUGAAAAUAGUGAAAGAAAAAAGAAGUGUCGUGUGACUGGACUUAUCAAUUUUGAAUCUGACGACAGCAAAGAAACCACUCCAUCAUGCUUCCCAGACAGUGGGAAUUCUGCAUUUGUGGUGCAUAAGGAUUCUUACUGCAAAAUAGAGGAAAGCUCCGGAGUAAAAAAGAUUUGUGAGAAACGGUUGAUGUCCUCAAUGGACAUCAUCAAUGGGCCUGCUCCAAAAUAUAGGAAAGUAUCAGGGAAUGAGAAAGACAUAUUGGAUCUAAGUUCCUUGGCAGCUUGUGGAUCUGGUGGUACCUCUGGGCAGAAAGAUAGUUGGUUUGAAGUUUCGGUCAGUUCAGGGAAUACUCCAACCUUAAAGGGAAGAUCUGAGGCAGUCUUCAAUAAUCAAGAUUGCAAUACAACUUUGCUAAGCUGUGAAAAAAAUCCAUCUGCAUAUCUUGAGGAAGUAGCAAAGGGUUUUAAUGUAAAAAUUCCCAAUCAGGAAAGGGCUAUGUUGCAGAGGCCUGUUGCUUUUGAUUCAAGCAGUUCAGAUGAUGUGCUGGUGGAUCAGUCCCUGAAAACAAUGUCCAAAGUUGUAUCUUCUGACUCAAGCACAUCACUUAAAAGGAAGGCCCAGAAGAAAUCACAAAUGCUGUCUGAAAUGAAGCUGACAAAUUUGGAUCAACAUGAGAAAUUAGCGUCUGAUUGCAAGUCCAGAUUCUCUGAAAUAAAUAGAAAGGGACCAUGUGGUAAAAGUGGGUCUGAGAAAUUUAAGAAGUUCUGUCUAGAGGAUGAUGAUCUUUUGAUUUCAGCUAUCAUAAAAAACCAAACAUCCAAAUCUGCAAAGAACAGGCCCUUUGGUAAAUCCAAACCUCUGAGAAAGCAGAAGAGCAAAAAAGGUGGUUGCAGGUUACUUCUACGAAGCCUUAAUAGGGGUGGAAAGCACUUUGUAGAAGGGGCGUGGCCUUCUUUUGCUUUAAGAAAUGUAUUGUCAUGGUUAAUUCAUUUUGGGGUAGUUUCUGUUGGUGAAGUAAUCCAGUAUCGGAAUGUAAAAGAUGAUUCCGUUGUGAAAUCUGGCGUAAUCACUAGGAAUGGCAUACUAUGCAAUUGCUGUGGUGAAGUAUUAUCUCUCUCUAAGUUCAAGAGGCAUGCUGGUUUGAAGCUGAACAAGUCCUGUUUGAAUCUUUUCCUGGAAUCUGGUAAGCCACUCAUGUUAUGUCAGCUUGAGGCUUGGUCAGCUGAAUACAAGGCUAAGAAAGCAGGUCUUCAAACUGUACAAUUUGAUGGAACGGAUCAAAAUGAUGAUAGUUGUGGGCAUUGUGGUGAUGGUGGAGAGUUGAUAUGUUGUGAUAACUGCCCAUCUACAUUUCAUCUGGCAUGCUUGUAUGCACAGGAAAUUCCAGAAGGGAGUUGGUAUUGUCCACGUUGCACGUGCCAGAUCUGUAAGGAUGUAGUUAAAGCUAGUGAGAGCUCUUCAUCCUCUAGUGCAAUGAAAUGCAUGCAGUGCGAACAUCAGUACCACAAGGCAUGCUUGAAGCAGAAGGGCUUCAAACGUGGAGUGGCCUCUGAAAUCUGGUUGUGUGGUGAACGGUGUGAGAAGGUUUACUCGGGUAUUAAUUCCCUUAUUGGAGAAGUGCAUCUGCUUCCUGAUGGCUUCUCCUGGGCACUGUUGAGGUGCACCCCAUACGACCAGAAGAUUCAUCCUGGUCAGCGGUAUGUUGCAUUAAAUGCAGAAUGCAACUCGAAGUUAGCAGUUGCCCUCACAAUUAUGGAGGAAUGUUUUCUUCCAAUGGUGGAUCCUAAAACGGGCAUAGACAUGAUGCCACAAGUAAUCUACAACUGGGGAUCACAGUUCCCGCGCCUAAACUAUCAUGGGUUUUACACUGUGGUCCUGGAGCAAGAUGAUAUUUUGGUAUCUGUCGCAUCGAUCAGGGUCCACCGGGCUACAGUUGCAGAGAUGCCCUUGAUUGCAACAUGCAGCAAAUACCGCCGCCAGGGAAUGUGCCGGAGGCUGAUGGAUUGUAUAGAGAAGAUGUUGAAAUCUUUCAAGGUUGAGAUGCUCGUGAUAUCUGCCAUUCCCGAUCUGGUGAAGAUGUGGACACUGGGUUUUGGUUUCUCACCCUUGGAAGACGAGGAGAAAAGGAGCUUGAGCAACGACAACCUGAUGGUGUUUCCAGGAACCGUGUGGCUAAAGAAGCCUUUGUAUGAAGCUCUCAAGGCUGACCAGCUGACAGGAUCAAAAGAUGCUUCUUGGCCUUCAAAGGAAGUCGAUGUGGGCAUCGUCGGAGAUCAUUGUAAACUGAACCUGUCUCCUCACUGUCCCAGUGCUGGAAUUGAAGGCAGAGAUCCUGACAGAGAGGAAUUGCAGCUUGGCAAUGAAGGUGGUAAUUGUCUACACAGACACAGUAGAUGCUCAAUAUGCUCUACUGAGGUAUCAGUAGGCAGCCAGGCUAGUCUUUUAGAGGGUCAUUGAGACAUGUUGAGUAGGGGGACUGGGGAGAAACAAAUUGCCCAAAUAUGUUUUCCCAAUUGCAUUUUAGCCUGGAAUGCAUUGCUGUAAGCCUGUAAAUGAUGAAUAUUUAUAGAGGAAAUGAAGAAUUAAUACAUAGAGCCUAAUAUUGUACACAAUUU